GCGAGCCCCAGGGGUGAGCCUGUGGCCCGUGGCCGCUGGGCUCUUUGUGUGGCUGUGCGCUGCACCGAGUCCAGGGCAGGCACAUAAAAGGGAAGCGGCCGCCGCCCGUCGCCGUCCUGGUUCCCUCAGAUGCCCCCAGCCGCGGGUUUAUGAUUACAGCGCGGCCCGCGCCGCCCUCCCCACCACGGCCUUAUUUGUCUGGGGAGCGGCCGCACGUCGGGGCGGGGAGAGGGCGGGGGCCAGUGCGGGCCCCGCCGAGUCAGCAGUCUGGGCCACGCGCUGGCGCCGCGCCCGCCCGGCAGAAUGAGCUCAUUGCGCGUCAGCCCCCGCCGGCCCUCGGCCCGCGCCCGCGGCUCAGGUGGCGGCGCGGCGCGGUGCGAGCGCGAGCGGGCUUUGUCUGCCAGUCACCCAGAUCCCGUAGCGUGCGUCUGCCGAGGGUCGUCUCCAAGCAGGGAGAUGGAGGGGAGGCUCACGGAGGGAGACCUUCCCAUCCCCAAGGAAGUGAACCGCAAGAAGACAGCGGAGACCUGCGCUGCCCGCCCGACUCCAUCGGGCAGCCACGGACUCCACGCCCCAGGCCACCCCCGGAUUUAGUCAUGACGCCUCCACUUGUACAACAUGGGUGUAUGGGGACUGACAAAGUCAUGGUAUCACAUAUGGGAUUUUUUUCUGUGUAAAUCAUCAAGUCUGAAAAGAAACUCUGGGACUCUGAGCCUUGCUUUAGACUUGACUGGACACGUAGGUCUCAUCACACCAGUCUUCAGCCGCCCCGCCGCCAGCGGGACACUCCGAAGUUCUCACUGUGAAUCCACGUUUACAGCCGUGCAGGUGGGCCACAGGCCUGGUCACUACAGCCACGUCUUCCACAGCUCACACUCCUCCGGUCACUUCGUCUUCUACUCACACACAGCUCCCGACUGCUUCCGGCAGAGGCUGAGAGUCCCCCUUUGGUUGUUUUAUUUUCUUGUUGUUUUUCAUUUAGCUGUUGCCCGCCACGCGCGGGCAUGUGCCUGUAUGUUGCGCGUGCUCCUUGGUGUGUAGAGGUAGUUGACAUUCCUUUUUCCUCGUGGUAAGUGACGAGACUGCCACAGGACCCGAGACACUGAUGAAUGGUGCUAUUUUGGACUUAUCAACAUGCUCCCUGGCGAGGUAGCUCUGAUGGAGUUAUUUUUUAUUUCCGUGUUCCUUGAAGGCAUUGGUCCUAAUCCCGUCCUCGCUCACCCUGCUCCCAUGCCCGCGGUGUCUUUCUCUCGACUGGCCUGACAUUCCCCGUGUCCGCAGCGUGCUUCUCCCUUGGCGUGUGGUGGCAUGAGUGCUGCCAGAGGGCAGGGGUGUUGGUGGGGUCCCCCUGGCUGGCACUCGUCCACACGCAGGCCCGAGCCGGCAGGAGCAAUCAUGAAACUGUACCUGGCCAACCAGAGGUCGUCCCUCCUGGAGCCUCGUCUGCCUGGCUUUAAGAAAGAAAAGCAAUAAUUUUACAGGCGUGUUUUGAGGUGUCUUGUGUGGGGAUCUUUCCAUUGGAUAGGAUAAUUGUGGGGGAUUGAGCAAAAAACAGGGGUCAGUUAUUUUCUAGUAAACACCCUCUGAGAACAAAAGACCAAAGGAAUAUUAAAUUAUACCCUCCCCAAAAGUAAAGCUGGAGAAGUUAUCUUCACAACGAUAAUCCUAAUCGAUGAUUGAUGCAAAGGCAGAGAACAGCGUUUCUCAGCAAGGUGCAGGUUUGACACCUUCGUCCUUGCUCCCAGUGAACAGAAGACACCAGAAGAUCCAUCUCCUAGGAUGCUGUGUGUUAGCCAGUCUGCAAGCCCACCUUGCUGUUCUAGAACUGUUAGCUCUGAGCUGUCUGCUUGACUGCCAGCACCCAUGACGCAUGCGCUGACCUCCUCCUCCUGCACCACCACCUCCCGCUGCCCACCCUGGCCUGAGCGCCCCUGUACCCCAUCCCUUAGCCUAGCUGAACCCCAUGUAAAUAGCGCAGGACGCCGACCCUGCCCCCAUGGCGUCUGUGUGGAGUUGCGGUUGUGUGAUGCCGCAUUGCAGGCUUCUGUGACCGUGUGACCUUUACCGACACGCUCACGACAAGUAACCCAUGUAUUUUAACUACUUUAGUCGUAUUAUUUGUUCAAUAAACAUGCAAGCUGUA